AGACUCCGCGCUCAGCUUUAGAGUGCGCCUGCGCCGCGUCCUCAGAGGCGUGGUUGCCUGGAAACCGUGGAGCCGCGGUUCCAGCCUCUGGGUCCCGGCUUCACCAUGGCCAAAUUCGUGCUCGCUGGUAGAGCAGAUUGCCCAUAUUAUGCUAAAGCAGAACUUGUGGCAGAUUAUUUACAAAAGAAUCUUCCUGAUUUUCGGAUACAUAAAAUUACACAACAUCCUCAUGUUUGGGAGGAGUGGCUGAAAGCUUUGUGUGAAAAGAAUAAGUGGAGUCACAAAAACUCCCCCAUCAUCUGGAGAGAGCUGCUGGAUCGUGGAGGAAAGGGUUUGCUUCUGGGAGGAUACAAUGAGUUCCUGGAGUACGCCCAGCUUUACUAUGGUGUCACCUCUAGCAUGACGACUGAGCUGAUGACGAUGGUUGCUCAAGAGAACCUGGGGACACACAUAGAAAAAGAGCUGGAGGAAGAAUCCCUGAAAGGUCUCAUUGGCCCCUUGCAGGUCUGGAUCACCAGCGCAUCCUCUCUGGCCUGCUACAACCUGAUUCCCAUCUUGACAAGUGGUGAAGUGUUCGGAAAGCAUACGGAAAUUAGCAUAAACCUAUUUGACCAUAAGCAGGCAGAAGAAGAUCUCAAAAUUCUCAUGAGAGAGGCUCAGGACCUGGCCUCGCCCAUCCUCUGCAGUGUCUCCAUCUGCACCCAAGCGGAGGAGGCCUUCCGCCAGGCCCAGGUGAUCAUCGUCCUGGACCACAGCACUGACCGGGAGGUGUACAGUUUAGAAGACUGCAUCCGAAGCAGGGCUCCUCUGUGUCAGCUCUACGGGUCCCUGAUUGAGAAGAAUGCUCACGAUUCCGUCAGAAUUAUUGUCGGAGGAAAAAGCUUCGUGAAUCUCAAAACGGCCUUACUUAUGAGAUAUGCCCCAAAUUUCUCCCGCAAUAUUAUCGCUGUGGCAUUGGGGGUGGAAGGCCAAGCAAAGGCCACGCUGGCCAGGAAACUGAAGACAACUCCCUCAUGCAUCAAAGAUGUGAUAAUUUGGGGUAAUAUUAGUGGAAAUAACUAUGUUGAUCUGAGGAAAGCCAAGAUUUACAGAUAUGAGAGUGCUGUUUGGGGACCACCUGACUAUUCUCGCCCUCUUUUAAGCCUGAUUUUUGAUAGUGAGUGGGUAAACAGAGACUUUGUGAUAACUCUUAAAAAUUUGACCGCCACAGGAAGACAAUUUGGAGGCAUCUUAGCUGCACACAGUAUAGCCACUACAUUGAAAUACUGGUUCCAUGGCUCACCCCCUGGGGAGAUCGUGUCUUUAGGGGUACUGAGUGAAGGCCAGUUUGGUAUCCCCGAAGGGAUCGUGUUUUCCAUGCCUGUGAAAUUUGAGAAUGGAACGUGGGUGGUUCUUACGGAUCUCAAAGAUAUUGAAAUAAGUGAACAAAUAAUGACCAGAAUGACAAGCGAUCUAAUUCAGGAGAAACUUGUUGCACUUGGAGAGCUGAUCAGUUUUCAGCCAUAUCAAUCAGAAAAUCUCAUCUGAAAUAUGGAAAUAGAAACAGAAAUAGGUAAAUUCACU